GUUCAACUCAGUCUGGCUUCAAGGUUCCUUCUUCAACAACUCCGCUCUCUCACCAACUACCACUACCAACACAUCCACCACCUCCUACUAUCACGCUCCGCCAUCGCCAUCGCUCAAUCCAUUACUUGCCUCUCUGACGUUCCUUACAGUCUCAACGUCUGCAUCAUGCCAUAGUCCUUCUUCGCUUCUUCACCACAUCAUGCCUUCCAAUACCAAACCUGAUCCCUUGACCGGCGACACCACCGAAUCUGCUGGCGAAGUUGCACAACCCUCGACAGCCGUCAAUCGAAAAAAGGCAAAGCGAAGGGCCAAAGAGGCGGCAAAGCGGCAACAGAGUUCUUCGCACCCCGUCCAACAUCAAAACCCUCCGCCUGCUCCCACUACCAACCCUGCCACUGCCAAUGGCUCCCUAACCCCUCCAAAACAAGGUCGCCCUCCGGCCAAGGGCUAUUUCACAGAGGAUACUGAUCUAGUAGACCCUGCCAGCCCCGAAGACGCCUUCUUCUCUGGCGACGACGACCCUAAUUACGCCCAAAACAGUCAUGGCCUGCCCGACAGUUCCUGGCUCAACACCACAAAGCGCAAGAAAUCCAAGUCGACUCCCACCUCUAGAUCCUCCACUGCUCUUCCCAAACCUCAGAUUCCUCCCCUCUCCAAUGCCGCCAUCCGCGCCUCACACAAACUAUCCAGCGAUCAGAUUUGGAACACCUCCACUCAGGCCGAAAGAGAAAAUAUCAAACAAUUCUGGUUGGAGCUUGGCGAGGAUGAACGCCGGUCUCUAGUAAAGGUCGAGAAGGAGGCCGUCUUGCGGAAAAUGAAAGAACAGCAGAAGCAUUCUUGUUCCUGUUCUGUCUGUGGACGGAAGCGUACCGCCAUCGAAGAGGAACUCGAAGUUCUCUACGACGCCUACUACGAAGAACUCGAACAGUUUGCCAACCACAAUGGCGAUAUCUCCCAGGCCCCGCAGCUUAUGGCUCCCCCGAGACCAGCUUUCAGCCGUAUUUCCCAGCCCAUGGCUGGUACAUAUCCUUCUAGAGGCCGUGUUCACGAAAUCGAACAGGACGAAGAUGACCUGGACGAUGAGGACGACGACUAUGAUGAUGACGACGACGAACCAUAUAGUGAAGACGACGCCGACUUUCAUCAUGGCCUUCCCCCCGGCCCACCUGAUUUUUUCCAGUUUGGCAACAGCCUUACUGUCAAAGAUGGCAUCCUUACUGUGGCCGACGAUUUGCUCAAGAAUGACGGUAAACAUUUUAUCGACAUGAUGGAACAGCUGGCCGAGCGGCGUAUGCAACGUGAGGAUCAUCUUCGUUAUCAUUCGCAGGCUUUCACUCAUCAUGAUCAUCAAGGUCACAAUCAUCCUCCGUUAGACGACGACGAUGAUUUUGAUGACGAAGAGGACGAAGAAGAUUAUGAUAGCCAAGAGGACGACUUCGAAGGCGAUGAAAUGGACUCCAUGACCGAAGAACAGCGCAUGGAAGAAGGCCGUCGAAUGUUUCAAAUCUUUGCCGCUCGUAUGUUCGAGCAACGUGUCUUGACUGCUUAUCGAGAAAAAGUAGCCGCAGAACGUCAGCGAAAGUUGCUCGAGGAGCUCGAUGAAGAAAGCCGCCUCGAUUCACAGCGCCAAGACAAGAAAGCCCGAGAAGCUGCCAAGCGCAAGGAGAAGAAGCGCCUGCAGAAACUGGCAAAGGAAGAAGAAAAAUCCAAAAAGGACGCUGAGAGAGCUGCUCAAGAACAAGCACUUCGAGAUGCUGAAGAGAAAAAGUUGCAAGAGCAGCGCCAACGCAAAGAGGAACAACGUAAAAAGCGCGAAGCCGAGAAGAAGGCCGCUGAAGAAGACCGUCUUCGCAAGGAGGCCGAAAAACAGCGUCGACAACAGGAGCAGCGUGAACGCCAAGCCGAAGCGGAGAGAAAACAGCGCGAGGCUAAGGAACGUGAACGCUUAAAACGUGAUGAAGCUAAGAAGAAGGAACGUGAGCUUCGAGAGCAAAAGGAAAAGGAGGCUCGUGAACGGAAAGCCAAGGAAGAAAAGGAUAAGAAGGCAAAGGAGAACCAGCUUCGCAAGGAGAGGGAGUCGAAUCAAAAGAACGACAAGGAUUCCAGACAUCCCUCCAGUCAUCAGCCCCCUCCGAGAAAUCAGCCUGUGGCCUUGCCGCCGGGUCUCAUCCCACAGCCUAAAUCUUCCAGCACGCAGUCACCUUUAUCGCAGGUUGCGACUCCCAUUGUGCCCCCAAAGACCAUCACUCCAGCAGCACGGAACCGACAGACCUCACAGCCAGCGCAGCAAUCUCACGGAUCGUCUCCUAGGUCUCAAAAAGCAAAUACAGAAACUCCUGCCAGUUCAGCCUCACCAGCGACCGUCGCCAUGCCACAGACCCCUGGGCCUCCGCAGCCGCUCAAGACUCAUAGCCAUCCACUCGUACUGCAUCACCCACAGCCUUCCGCUCCACGGUCUCCCCUCAAUAACCAGGGCCGUGGUCAGCAGUUUCCUUUCAACUCCAUGAAUGGCCUGCCUGGAUUGGGUGUCAGUGGGCCACCAAUGGGCGGCAAUGGGUUACCAAAUAUGAUGCCCCCCAUGCCCAUGUACCAGGGGCCCCCAAUGCCAAAUCACCAGAGAUUUGCUCCAAAUGGGAUGCAGUAUCCUCCGGGAUUUCCACGCCCGUUCCCCGGACAUCAAGUACCCUUUGUACCACAACCUAAUCAGGGGCCUAUGCCUACUCCACCUAACGUCUCGCAACCUGCCUCACAUUCUCGACAGCCUUCUGGCGACGCUUCGUCUCAGCCAGCUCCAAUCGCCCGACCAGGUCCCAUCGCCCGACCAUCGAGUACGACGCCCGACAAGCAGAAGCUGCACAGACCAUCGGCCGACGCAGAGGUGGACCAACUGACCACCCAACUUGGUAGCAAAGCCUUGUUGGAUGAUUCGGACGAUUCGUUCUUAGGAAAUGGUCUCGAGCCUCGAAUGGGACAGCCACCUCUCGGCCCGCCGGGCUCUUCAAGGCUCCCGUUUGCCAGCUUUUCAGACCACAAGCAGGAUGCAUUUGGCAGUCUAGGAAGUCCCGGUUGGGCUGGGUUUACGCCAGGAAUGCCACCGAAUACAGCGAACUGGGGACCUCCACCAAACCAGCGACCCGGUGCUACGUGGUCGCAACCUCCGUUCGGAGCUAUUGGUGGUGCCCCACAAGCCCUACCCAGACCUCACCUGCCUCGACCUAUCUUAUUGCGGCUCAACCUUGUGCAGGCUUGCCGACAGCUGUCCUCGGCUCCAGGAGCACCCUCGUCAGGAUUCCAUCCGGUCCAAAGUGUGUUGCGGCAACUGAAUGCGAACCUGCUCAAAGACCCGAACGAGGUACCUGUAUCAAUGGAAGAUAUGCUGCUCUACUGUGACACCGAAGGAAACACGCAGAACGGAGGCGGCUCUUUUGACGUUGUUGUGGAUCCCUCACGAGGACAAGCGGUUCGAUUUGUGGAAGAUGCGGCCAAUCAAGUGGGAUCAAGGAAUAGCGUAGGGGACAUUGGAAGUCCCAUGUCACGUUUCUGACCGUCCUGAGUCGAGAGUGACUCGAGAAUGCGGCGCGGCCCAAAUGACAUUGAGUUAUCAAGCAUGGGUAGGGGGGAGUGCUGCAAGAUUCGAAGUGGCAUGGUUCGACCAGGUCAGUCAUCGAUCAUGAGGAACAUGUCACUGGUGGUUUCAUUCGUGGUACUUGAGUCGCAGGUGGCCUGAUCUCGUCGGCGGUUUGCCGAGGGACGUUACAAGUAUCCUGUUCAGUGGUAUCGAGGCCUUCAUGAGCAUGGAAAAAUUUCCACUUCAAUAUGAUUUCCACCUCGCAUCUCGGUAUGAGCAGAUUCUGUCCUUUCUCAGAACCGCGAAGCCGCUAGGUGUCCAACAUUAGUUUCCAACCUGGUAGGCUAGAAAGC